UGCGCACGUGUAGAUGACACAAAGCCUUAUGGAGAGGGAGUGGGUGUCUCAGACUGUUGUGGUACAGAAGGAAGGGAUCUCGCUGGCUCUAUUGAACUUCUCUGGGGCUCAACUCGCACCUCACAAUGGUAUAGAGAACGCGCUCUAGAAGAGGACGAGCCCAACGUGUCUACAGGAAGGGGCUCGACUUUGCUUUGCCUGAAACUCCCGUUUAUAGGAACAUUCCUUUCCCCAGACUGGACAGGGAGGGCAGACAGAGAGGCUUGUGGGUGUUGUGGAGAAAGUCAGCUGCUACGGAUCAGUAAUAAUGGCCUGAGAAGAGCCGAGCUGUUAGUGGCUGCCGGGAGAAAAUUCUGUUGGUUCCCCCUCUCUUUGCUGUAAGUCUGGUAAAAGAAGACAACUCUGGAAAUAUUCUGGGGAAUCCCUGAGUGCAGUGAUUGAGCUAUGUCUGUUAAUUGUUACUCUGAUCUGCAGUAGGAGUUGAAUAAUGGGGUUAGGACGUGUGCUACGUGCAGAGGACUUGAUUAAACGGAGAUGGAUAGAGGGCAUCAGCAGGGGAAGUGUAUAAGGAUUGAAGUUCACACUGCUAACCUGCCAGAGGCUGUGCCUAGUGUUCAGCGUGUUGGGAUGGGGGUGGAAAGAUUCCCACAAUAUCCCAUGAAAGCAUCUCGCACAACGUCGGAUGUCCAGUCCUCUACAAACUCGUUAGAUGGGGUUCUUCAAUGCCACAAUCACCUAGCUGCUGUGCAGAUUAUAGAAAAUGGUGAGGGCCCCUCUGCUGAACAGGAAGAGCAACUAGCAUUACUAGCUUGCCCAGUGGCUGCACUUAGGGCCGGAGGUUUGGCCAGUGGAGAGAUGCAGCUGGUGAGAGCUGGAAAGAGUGGGGCUAUAGUCAACAGAGAGAGGGCAUUCACCCGAGAAGUCGAUAGUAGUAACCCCUGCCAAGAAAUUGGAAUGCCAAUUAAUGGAAGGACAGAUGGCUUUGCCACUAAAAGAAAAUGGACGGAAAAUGGACUUACGGAGAUUGGUGUUAGGGGUAUUGCCUCCGAGAGUGGUCCCUCAGUAUUCCCUCCCAUGGAGGGUAAGAGACGCAAGACAGAGGUACACGAGGAUGCCCAUAUUCACCAUGAACCCAAUUCCACAAGGGAAGGGCAACUUGCACCACGGCCUGUGGGGAUCAAAAGUUCAGUAGUGUCUCCCCAACAAAUGUCAUUGGAUUACAUUGUUCCCUGCAUGACAUACUAUGGUAUCUGUGUCAAGGAUCACUUUUUAGGAGAGGCACUAGGUUCCAGGGUCCUGGAAGAAGUACAGAUGCUUAAUAGAAGUGGAAAAUUUCGGGACGGCCAGCUUGUCAGUCAGAGGACCAUACCAUCCAAAAACAUCCGCGGAGACCAAAUUGCCUGGGUGGAAGGGAAGGAGCCUGGCUGUGAGAACAUUGGAGCAUUGAUGUCCAAAAUAGAUGAGGUCAUUAUGUACUGCAGUGGUAAAAUGGAGAAUUAUGUCAUCAACGGGAGAACUAAGGCAAUGGUGGCUUGUUAUCCUGGAAAUGGGAUGGGAUAUGUCCGACAUGUGGAUAAUCCGAACAGAGAUGGUCGCUGCUUAACCUGUAUCUAUUACCUUAAUCAGAACUGGGAUACCAAGGUCCAAGGUGGGCUGCUGCAGAUUUUCCCCGAGGGCCGUUCAGUGGUUGCCAAAAUUGAGCCAUUAUUUGAUCGGUUAUUAAUCUUCUGGUCAGACCGGCGCAAUCCUCAUGAAGUUAAACCAGCCUUUGCCAUGCGUUACGCCAUCACUGUCUGGUAUUUCGAUGCAAAGGAGCGAGCAGAGGCCAAAAAUAAAUACAGGCUAGCUGCCGGACAGAAAGGCAUUCACGUCCCAGUAUCCUGCCCUGGUACUAUGUAACAGGGAUUGAUUAACUUGCUGCUGUUGGAGUUACUACCGAAGUUUCAGCUGCUAUUUCCCCUGGAUAAAGAGACGUCACAGAGGGUGGAAUCCUCCAGCUGAUCUGUUCUAAAUUUAAAUCAUUGUAUUUUGCAAAAUGACAAGUAAUAUGAAGGCAGUUUCAAUGAGGCAGCGCAGAGGCAUGGUGGGUUAUAAGUACUAGGCAUUCACUUGGUUCCUAGAGAUGUGCAGAGGGUUACAGGCCAUGGGUAAAUAUUUUUUAUCUUAUCAAGUACAAUACCUGUACAUGGGUUAUUUUUGUCUUUUCAGCUGUUUUGUCUCCUGACCUGCCUGUUCUUAGACAUCAAAAUUCUGUAUUACUCGGGGGAAAAUUCACUAACCUCCGAAAAUUCGCCAGCGACGGCUUCGCUCACAGCGCAACACUUCGCCAGGCGAAAAUUCGCCAAGACAACGCUAAUUCACUAAAAUGCAAAGUUGCGUCCAGGG